CAAUCCGUGUUUAGACGCUGAGGCCAGUAAGAUUUCACUUCUGCAUCGACAUAAUAGUGUCCUCACUCACUCACUCCUAAAUUUGAGAAACAGAAAAGCUAAAGGGUGAGAGGAGAGGUAAGAUGGCCAAUCUUGGAAGUCCCAGAUAUCAUUUUUUCUGCGCCUUUCAGGUUCUUUUGUUAUUCCAAGCCAAAGUCCUAUGCUAUCAGUACAAGGUUGGAGAUUUAGAUGCUUGGGGUAUUCCCACAUCAGCAAACCUGCAGGUAUACGCCAAAUGGUCCAAGUACCACACCUUCAAGAAUGGAGACUCUCUCUUGUUCUUAUACCCACCAAGUCAAGACUCGGUUAUUCAAGUAACGGAACAAUCCUACAACUCUUGCAACCUCAAAGAUCCAAUCCUGUACUUGAACAAUGGCAACUCUCUCUUCAACAUCACUAAACCCGGGGAGUUCUUCUUCACCAGUGGGGAACCUGGUCACUGUGAAAAGAAACAGAAGCUAUACAUUUCUGUGCUUUCAGGGAAUGGCUCUGCAUAUGCUCCCUCUUAUGGUCCGAGUGCAUUGCCAGACACUGCAUCUUCACCCUCUUACCCUACUGUCUUCGGCACAAUCCCUCAACCGCCUUCUUCUUCGCCCACCCUAGGAUUCCCACUCUUCAUUACAGCUGUUAUUGCAUCAGCUACAUGGGCAAUAAUCGAUGGCAUGAUGUGAAGGGCCUGGACGCCUGGUUACGUCCUGUGUCAAAUUUUCAAAUCCAACUGGAAAAUAUUUUUGUAUUUUUUCCCUAUUUGGUAUUUGUUUAUUUUCAUUCAAAUGUUGGUUUUGUAGCUCUGUUGUAUUGGUUCAUAUUAUAAUUUCUCGGAUUUGUAAUUCUUAUCAGUGAUCAAAGAGAAUGAAUAGUGAAAUCGGAUGCAGAAUCUUGCAUAAUA